UAUUUGUGAGUUAGUUGCCAACAUGUUCUCAUGGUCAUUUUUAUCCAAGGCGCCGAGACGAGGACCGGCCAAGGACCAGGCAUGGAGGUGGGGUGCGAGGCUGGCUCUUUGGCCUGGGUGCAGUCUUCAGUCCCCACCCCGCAGGCGUCGCUUGCGGGCGAUCGGUUGUGGGCAGGGUGAGGUUGCUUCUUCUAAUUCUACCUUCACCUCUCUCGUUGGUACCAGAGUGGGGGGAAGGGAAAUGCUGCCAACUUUGUUGCCGCUUUGUUCUGCGCACCCCAAAAACAGAAAAGACCCUCAACUUUCCCACCUUUUCGUUUGUCGUCAUCGAGAGUGGAAAGAGGCGCUCUUCCUCCUCAAGGCCGCACGUUACCCAUUCCCUUCGGCUUCCCAUUUUUUUCGGUUUCUCUCCUGCUGCUUCUUCCAUAGUCUGAACUGUCAACGGACAAAGCUUAUCAGGUGGUGACGAAUCGAAGGUGGAAAGCAGACACGAUAAGCGGGCCACAGAGAGAGGAGAGAGAGAGAGAGAGAGAGAGAGAGAGAGAGAGAGAGUGGAAUGGGGGAGGUGAUGAAGGAGUAUGUUGCUGGUUUUAUUGCAGGAGUCGCUACCGUCAUCGUUGGCCACCCCUUCGACACCAUCAAGGUGAAGUUGCAGGCACAUAAUACGGGAAAUGAGAGGAUGUACAGAAAUGCGCUUCAUUGCUCCACCCACAUACUAAGGACAGAGGGGCUGCCAGGACUUUACAGAGGCGCCACCUCAUCAUUCAUUGGAAUAGCAGUUGAAAGUUCAAUACUCUUUGGUGCCUAUUCUCAAACUAAAACAGCAUUACAGGGAGGCCGAGAAAGCGGCAAACCAAAUCUUCAGACAAUUAUACCUUCUGCUGCAUAUGGUGGAGCAAUGAUUAGUCUUAUAUUAUGCCCAGCAGAGCUAGUGAAAUGUAGGAUGCAAGUACAAGGACCCGACCCAAUCGUUUGUAAGGAUUACCAUCCAAGAUAUAAUGGCCCCCUUGAUUGUGCUAUCAAGACAGUAAAGAACAAUGGAAUCAAGGAUCUAUUCCGCGGUGGUCUUGCUACCUGCCUAAGAGAAACAAUUGGAAACUCUGCCUUCUUUACAACAUAUGAAUUGAGUCGGUAUUUCAUGCAUUCGACAUUGAAAUCUCAAUCUAACCUUACCGAAUCUCAGAAGAUAAUUUUUGAUGUUGGCACUGGCGUUAUUACUGGUGGACUUGGUGGUAUGGCUUUUUGGACUUUUGUUUUGCCACUGGAUGUGGCUAAGACCAUUAUUCAGACAGCUCCCAACAUGACUAUUAGCAGGAACCCCUUCAAUAUUCUGCACUCGGUAUACAAGCAAGCAGGGUUCAGAGGUUGUUAUGCUGGCCUAGGGCCAACAAUGAUGAGGGCCUUUCCUGCUAAUGCUGCUGCCAUUGUGGCAUGGGAAUUCUCUGCAAAGAUUCUUGGGAUCCCUCGCCUAUGAUGUAUUUGACUAUAGGUUAAGAGGAACUGCAAAUGGUUGUGCCAUUAGGCCUUGAGUUUUGCAGCAGUUUUUUGCCUCCAUCACAUUCUGUGCUGCCUCGAAGAGUGACGAUUCCUUUCACAAUUUUUCUUUUGUUUUCAUUUUCAUCAGUCCGAUUUUGCUGGUGCGACAGACAUGUAGUUCCCAACAUUUCACAAUGAUUCAAAGAUGUCUUUUCUGCUUCCA